GAGUUCCCUUUUUUGACAACUGACCAGUACAAAAAAAUAUCAGAAUUUUUCUAUUGAACGCCAAAAAUUUCUCCGGUUAUUCACGCUCCUGCUUCUUCAUCGCUAGGCUAUUUAUUUUGGCCAUGAAGGGAGUUUUAUUGGUAAUAUGUGCGUGCUUGGUGAAAUGUAUGCAGGGAUUUUAUGUCCCCGGAGUAGCUCCCGUAGAAUUUGUAAAGGGGCAAAAAAUCGAUGUUAAAGCUGUUAAGAUGACGAGUAGUCGAACUCAACUACCAUACCAAUACUAUUCGCUUCAGUUUUGUCUUCCAAAAAAUGGCACUUUGAUUUACAAAUCAGAAAAUCUUGGUGAAGUGCUUCGAGGCGAUCGAAUUGUCAAUACGGCUUAUGAAGUGCGAAUGGCUGAAAAUGUCAAUUGCAAACUCCUUUGCAACAAAAAAGAUCAGCCCAUGAAUUGGGAUAAAUAUCAAUCAGCAAAAGUUGCAGAACGAAUACAACAUGAAUAUUUUGUGCAUUUAUUGGUCGACAAUCUUCCAGUAGCGACAAGAAUCAUGAAUCCUACUACGGGAGAUGUCACCUUUGAGCAUGGCUACCGCCUUGGCAUGGUCGAAGGAAACAACAUUUACAUCAACAAUCACUUGAAAUUCAUUCUCUCAUAUCACAUGCAUACAAAGAAUAAAUAUAGAGUUGUUGGUUUUGAAGUUGAAACAACAUCGCUUUCUUAUAAGGACGUGAAAUUUGAAGGAGACACUUGUAAUUUCCCCGAUACUCGUCGUCAGCAACAAGUUUUCCCGAACACGAACACUCAACUCUACUUUACAUAUUCAGUAGAAUGGAAAGAAUCUGUGGUGAGCUGGGCAUCGCGCUGGGAUAUCUACUUAGGGAUGAAUGAUGUGCAGAUUCAUUGGUUCAGCAUAAUAAAUUCUUUAGUAGUUGUAUUUUUCCUUUCUGGUAUUCUAACUAUGAUAAUGAUUCGAACUUUGAGACGUGAUAUUGCGCGAUACAAUACAGAUGAAAAUAUUGAAGACACCCUCGAAGAAACUGGAUGGAAACUGGUUCAUGGUGAUGUCUUCCGCCCUCCCAGAAACAGUCGAUUUUUUUCGGCUGUUAUUGGAAGCGGUAUACAAAUAUUCUUUAUGGCACUUAUAACAAUCUUUUUUGCAAUGCUUGGAAUGCUAUCACCGUCGUCCCGAGGUGCUCUUAUGACAUCAGGUAUAUUUAUGUACGUUUUUAUGGGAACAAUAGCUGGAUACUUUUCAGCUAGACUUUAUAAGACAAUGAAAGGACGUGAAUGGAAGAAGUCAGCUUUUCUAACAGCUACGCUUUAUCCGGGGAUUGUCUUUGGGACCGGAUUCAUUUUGAACUUCUUUAUUUGGGAUAAACAAUCUAGUGGUGCCGUCCCAUUUAGCACCAUGGUUUCUCUACUCUUGCUUUGGUUUGGUAUUUCUGUGCCCCUCACAUAUCUAGGAUACUAUUUUGGCUACAGAAAACAAUCCUAUCAGCACCCUGUUAGAACAAAUAUGAUUCCUAGGCAGGUUCCAUCACAGCAAUGGUACAUGAAUAUUGUUUUAAGCACUCUUAUGGCUGGUGUCCUGCCUUUUGGAGCAGUUUUCAUAGAACUCUUUUUUGUGUUCACAGCAAUAUGGCAAAAUCAAUUCUAUUAUCUUUUUGGAUUCUUAUUUUUAGUGUUUUGCAUUUUAGUAGUCAGUUGUGGACAGAUUUCGAUUGUGAUGACCUAUUUUCAACUCUGCGGAGAGGAUUAUCGAUGGUGGUGGCGAAGUUUUAUUGUGUCUGGUGGAUCUGCAGCAUAUGUUUUAUUUUAUAGUAUAUUUUAUUUCUUUACAAAACUGGAAAUAACUGAAUUUAUACCCACUUUAUUGUAUUUGGGUUAUACAAGCCUUAUGGUAAUAACAUUUUGGUUACUUACUGGGACAAUUGGUUUCUUCGCAGCGUACAGUUUCAUAAGAAAAAUUUAUGGUGCUGUUAAAAUUGAUUAAAAUAUUAGUACUUCUGUAAUCUCAAAAAAAUAAUUAUAUUAUAUUCUUCUUUACGUAAAUCUAUUAUUAUUAAUAACAUUAUACUGUAUAAAUUUAAACUUAUUUUGAUUUUAUUGACUGUAAAAAAAAAACUAGUAAGUUAAAUUAGUUUUUAGUUAUUUUUUGUUACUUUUAACCAAACAGCAUUGUUCAAUUUGAAUGAAAACUUCACUCUACAAAUAAAU